AUGAAGAACAAGAUUCAAGAUCCAAGUUUUCGUGAAAAUUUGAUAGCAUAUUUAGAAGAUAUCAUCAAAGAAGAUCUAGAUGAAUUCAAAGAUAAAUAUGUCUUCGAGAAUUUAGAUGCGCCGAGAUCAUUCAAUACUCCAACACAAUUAUCAAGUGAUAAUAUUUAUGCAGCUUUACGUACUAUUGAUUUAGCAGGUUUAGAAGAAAAUACAAAUGAAAAUGGUAUUCGGUUGACGCCGAUGAAAGACCAAUCUUCUCCAUCCAUUCCUUAUGCUUCUCCACAACGCACUGAAUUAUUACAAACAACAAUACGCGAUCAAUCAAUAUCUAAUAUGGAUGCUUCAGAUAUCCAGUCAAGGCUACCUACAGCAUGUUUGCCUACUCCAAAUCCAUCUUUACCUAACUUUUGGUCACAAUUUUGUGCUGAUGUGAUACAACUUGUUGAAUCAGGUAAUGUUCACAUACAUAGUGAUACGUGCUAUAAAUAUUGUAAAGAUAUGGCGAAGAAAACUUGUCGAUUGAUUAUGCCACGCAAAUUGAUAUCAGUAUCGUCAAUUGAUCCAGAGACUGGUCAUAUUUCUAUGCGACGAUCACAUCCAUGGAUUAAUAAUUUUAAUGAAUACAUUAUAUCAGCAUGUCGUUCCAACAUGGAUAUUAAAUUUAUUUGGACUGGUAGUGAUGCCAAGGCUCUUGUGUAUUAUAUCACUGAUUAUAUCACAAAAACGAGUCUAUCUUUUCAUGACACAUUCUCUCUUAUUCAAAAAAGUAUUACAUCAUUCAGAAAUGUAGCAGAUCAAACAGAGACAGAAAGUGCUAUAGAAAGAUCACGCAAACUGGUUUUGCGUUGUUACAGCACACUUGCUUCUCAACAAGAGCUCUCUGGAGUUCAAGUUGCCUCUUAUCUCAUGAAUUGGGGCGAUCAUUACACUACGCACAAAUUUCAAGGUCUUUAUUUAAUUCAAACUGAGAUAUUUUUACAAACAGAAUUAAACGAAUUACGCAUCAAACAAAAUUUAGAACAUGCCUCGCAUGAUGUAAUUGACGAUGACAAUGUGUUUGAUGAUGAAAAUACUGCAGCUGAAGAUGAUAAUGAAGAAAAUUUUCAGAUUCCAUCUACUGAAAAUAAAAACAAUUUUGUACUUGUCAACACGCGAGUUGAUUAUCAAUAUCGAUCAGAUAUCUUAAGCAAAAUCUGUUUAUACGAUUUCGUUAGUACAUUUUAUAAGAGAAAAAUGAAUGCAACAGAUGCAAAAUAUUUAUCAAAAUCUUCCACUACAGAAGACCAACAAGGGAUUCGAAAAGGCCGACCACCAAAUCAACGUUUUUCUUUUCAAGAACAGCAUCCACAAGCGACAACCUACCUGUUGACUGAAUACAGUGAGGCUCAUAUACCGAUUCUCUAUGGUCCUCAAAUUCCUCGACAUGAUCGUGAAGAUACUAAAGAGCGAUAUAGUCGAGCUCUUCUGACACUUUUUGUACCUUGGCGUUCGGUGUCUGACCUUUGUGAUGUUAAUGAAAAUUGGGAAGAUGCACUCAAGUCACGCCAACAUCAUAUAUCUGCGGAUUCAUGGAAUAUUAUAGAAAAUAUUCAACUCUUACAUGAAUGUAAGAAAGAUCGUGAUGAGCAUUUACUUCAAGUUAUAACUGAAGCUCAAACUGAAAAUGAUACGAUUGAUCCUGAAUUAGUCAUACCAAGUCGUAACAGGCGUGAUGAAUAUGACGACACAAGUGACAAUGAAGAUUUACUUGAAUUGCUUGGUAAUUUAAACGAAUAUACUACCAAUGCAUUAAAUAGCACCAAAAAGACAACAGAAAAUAUAUACAUUGAAGAAACCAUAGAAGCAGUUGAAAAGGUUGGACGAUUUACUCACAUACAGAGUACCAACAAUGGUCAGCUGAUAAUGUGCAUACCUGGAUGUGGCGGGACCGGUAAAUCACAAUUGAUUCGUGCUGUCACCAAAUACUUCCUUGUUACAAAAAGAAUACAAAUGAUGCGAAAACUCGCACCCACCGGAAUCGCUGCUGCUGAAAUUGGCGGCAUGACAAUCCAUUCAUUUUUAGGUGAACAACGUAAUUCGGGAAAGCCGCGCACCAUCAAGCCAGGUGAUUCCAAACUUGAAAAACAAUGGGCACUCGUUGAAUAUCUCCUAAUCGAUGAGAUGAGUAUGGUUGGUUUAACUCUACUUGCAAAACUCAAUCGAAUUCUUUCCGCUGCCAAACAUGCCGAUCCUCAAAUUCCAUUUGGUGGCAUAAACGUCAUAUUUUUUGGUGAUUAUUUACAGUAUCGACCAGUAUAUGAUGAACCGUUGUACACUGACUUCUCACAGCCCUCUAAAAACAAAUCAGGCCAAUCACGUAGUGAAAAAGAAAUUCAACAACGCGCUGCACGUUCCCUGAUACUUCAAAUUAACUGUGUGAUCAAACUUAGUCAACAGAUGCGAACAGAAGAUGAACGAUACCGUGAAUUACUCGAACGGCUUCGCCAAGGUGACUGUACUUUGGGAGAUUACGAAUUACUGUUAACACGCGUCGUUGGUCAGCCAUCGGUCAGUUCUCUUCGCGAAUCACCAUGGAACGAAGCUCCCAUUUUAGCAUAUCGAAAUGAAGUACGAACGCAAUUAAAUAACAAAGCAGCAGUUCAUAAUGCAGCACAACUAGGUCACCAGCUAAUGGUAUGUGUCGCUCAAGAUACCUGCAGAGGCAAAGCAAUUGAAGAUCCUAUACUUAUGAAAAAAUUAUUGGAAUUAUCUGACAGCAAGACGGAACAUUUACCCGGUUUGUUGCCAUUUGUUCCUGGAAUGCCAGUUAUUUUAACGCAAAAUCUUGCUAUUGAACUGGGUCUUAUUAACGGCAUAAAUGAAAUAUUUCGACAAUUAGUCUACGAGGCUGAUUCUGUAUCAAUAGAUGCUCUAUCAAACACAUUUCCGAGCAACACACAGUACGUGCAUCGACCUUUAUAUGCAUUAAUUGAAAUUGCACGAUCGAAAAUUGAAUGUAAUCUUGAAACACUUCAACCAAAAAUCGUCCCAGUACCGCUAAUGGAACAAACGUUUCGUUUCGACGUUACUGACAUUCUUCCAAAAAAUAAAAAGCCAAAAUCGAACCAGAAAGCAAUGUUGUCAAUUGAACGACGUGCACGACCACUUGUACCUGCUUAUUGUAUUACAACACAUAAGAGUCAAGGUCAAACUUUGAGUAAAGCCGUGAUUGACCUUAAACUGCCGAAUGAAACUGAAG